GUUAAUUCCUAAUUGCUAAUGAUGGACAUGAUUGUGAUUCUAGCUACAGAGGCCAUGUUGAUCUCCGAAUUGAAGAUUCGUCGAUAAUGGCCGCAAUUCGCUCUCUCGGGCUCCACGAACCCUCAGCCAUACCCUAUCUCGUCGGAGAGUCGAUCAUCUUGCAGCAUACCCCCGAUGAUGACAGAUUUAUAUGGAAGACUUGCCAUUACGAAGACGAGAACAACACCCCUGUUGAAGAAGAACUCUUUUUAACGGACCAUUGUGUCGUUUGGUCUCGUGGAGGGGUCGUCGUACGGUCUUUCGGAUUCGAUGUUGAGAACGAGAAGGUCGUCCACGCGCUUUUCGCGUAUUUCCCCGACGGCGAAAGGACGAAUGACACCAAGAAAGGCUCAGGGGAUGUCCCAGGCAUCGGUACGACAGCCCGAGGCCCUGUGUCGGGGACCGGUAACCUGCGUGGCUUGGGUGGAAGACAGGGAAAGCAGGUAACAAUUGAAGAGAAGCUCAACAUCGACGGGAUUGCAGGUCUCUCCAUAGUUGAGGGCAGUGUGAAGAGACCGGUUGCAAGAGCAUUGGUUGUAGUGUUACAAUCACAAAUACACAUCUUUUUCCUCUCUGGCGAUACCCAUGUGAUUCCAUUGCCGUUUGAGGUGGGCUCGGUUUGGGCAACACCCUGCGGAUUGCUCUUCCAACGGAAGGCUUCUGAAGACAAUACGCCGCCGGUUCCGCUAGUGCCUCCUAAUUCCUUUGUCUCCUCGCAGGUGCUGCAUGGAAGACCAAGAACGUCGGGAUCGUUUACUCAAUCCGCGCGGAGUAGUGCUCGGUUCUCAUUAACGCUUUCCCCCUCCCAUCCGGCAAAGUGGAACUUGAAGCCGGAGCCAGAGGCUUCCCAGCCAAGAACGUUCUCUCUCUUAGACCCGCACUCCGAGAUGGGACUGGUAGCGGUGUCUCCGGGCGCACAACACGCCCGCGCUGCUAAAACCCUUGAAGCUUUGAGUGCUUCAGAGGAAAUUCUCUACGUGUCGUCUACAAAUGAGUUCCCAGAACUCGCUUCUACAGCGCAAGUAAAUGGCCCACUAAUAUUGGUGGUAACACUCAAUGAAACAGCCGGUGUCUAUACUAUAUGGACCGCUCAGCAAAGGGACAAAGGUUCUGCCAUCCGCCAUAGCCAAAAGAGAAGGUCAUCUAGCGGGACGGUUGCUAAACGGAGGAGUUCCUAUUUUGACGUAGCUGCUGGGGCUACCACUCCCGGAGGUCGUGGGUCAAACGCUUUGAGAGAAAGUUUUAGUAUGCUGAGCCAAGGGCGAAGUGUGUCACACCCACUGAAUAACCAAAAUACAGAUACUCGACUGGAAGACGCAGAAGACCUGGCUUCGCAGCUAGGUCAUGACUUUAGUGAUAUUGGGGUUUCGUGGAAAGCAUCGAGGAGAGUUAGCUCUUUACUGGCUCGGAGUGACUUGGGAGGAAAUCAUGAUAGAAACACAUUCUCAGAUUUGGUGACAGGAAACCAAUCGAAUAUCUCACUGUCUCGUAAGAGAGACUCAUUUGCUGGGAGCUCGCGCGCGAGUCUUGGCUACCGCCGUAGAAGCUCGCUACCUCCUGGGAAUACUUCCGUGUUCAGCGCUGCGAGCAGUUUUCUCGACGCUCCCGUUGAUAAAUUUUUGGAUGGAUUGACCAAGGGAGGCAAUUUUGAGGGAUUCGAUAGCAUGGGCCUCGGAGAAAGUGUAUCCGGACUGCCAAAGGAAGUUAUUCUGUCGAAAGUGGGCAGUUAUUCUUCCGGGUUUUCCUCUGUCCAGGGCAUUCCACCGUUUGAAAAAGGCCGGAAAUUUGAAGUGUUUACCUUGUCAUCCUUCUACGAAACUUCUCAGAACGACCCUGAUUCGACCCCUUUAGCCGUCUGCAUCCUGAACAGGCACUCGAGAAAUUUACUAGUGCUUAAUUUACAGGUUCGGAGAGCCCAACGAUCUUCGCUGAGCUCGAAAAAAUCAAAGGCUAAAGCCACCCAAGGCAAUCUCUUGCAUACUGUCCAACUCAAAGAUGUACGACAAGGCUCGAAUGUUAUUGACUGCCGCAAGCUCGUUGAUGGCAGUAUUUCUCGAAUGAUUGUCCUGUCGACCACUAUGGAUGGCCGGGGCGAGUUGACGUUGCAAGCUCCUUGGAGCACGCUUGUAAAGAUCGACCUUCCGUCCAGUAUGGUAUUACACGAUCCUUCUGGAAUCUCGUUCGCACGCUCUUCGUUCCACCCGCGGGAGGCAGGUUUGAGGAGAGUUCUCGAUGCUAGCGAUAUCAAUUUAUGCGCCCUCGAUCAUCCUAGCAAUCGCGGAAAGAUAGACAUCACUGAUAGCCAAAACAGAAGGCAUAGACUGCAGAUUCAGUUAGAACCUCGGAAUCCUCUGGUCAAGCGUGCACUCUCGGUUUGCAGAUUCGCGUUGCGACAAUCCGAAAAAGCUGGGGAUGGGAUCCUGGUUUGCUGGUGGGAAGUCUUAAGAUGGUUACGGGCGAGGAACGAAGGUGAAAAUGACCUAGAAUGGACAGCCUUUGUUGUCACACUCUUUUCCAUGGCCGUUUAUUUUAUCGAAGGCAAUUUCUCGAAGCCUAUUGUAAAGCCAAAGCGAAAAAGAGGCACAUUGUUACGUUCAAGUAGUGGGAGCUCUGUUGAUCUCGAUAGCUGGGACGCGAUGUUAGAACGACAAUCCGGUUCCUCCGGUGUAGGGCCUUCUUGGAUGAUGACACCAGCCUGGGGUUGGAUCCGUGAGGAACAAGAACGCCGUGAAGACGACGUAUUUCGGUCCGAACACCAGUCUAGCCUCUUCUUGACAUGCGGGGCAGCUUCAAGAAAGAAUGGAUAUAUCCUCCGAUGUGCCUCGCUCGCGCGUGAAUUUAUAUCAUCCCCUCAAGGAGAAGCUGCUUCUGGUGCUGAAGGCUAUUUACCCACUGCUAUUUCGCAAGACCCUGGGACACGAAAGACCGCGCUUGGUGCAAUACUAGUUGCUCUCCAUUUGUUUCGCGAGGAACUAAAGCUGUCGACCAUUGAUUCUGACUUAUCGAACUGCGAUUUAGGUCUUAUGGUGCCUGUACUAGCCCAGAUUGGGGGUUGGUUAGGGUGGAGUUCAUGGACAUGGGAAGAACAUGCGUACUAUGGUACCGAAAGUGCAAGUAUGGAGAGCUGGCUGUUUGAACAGUCUCAGAUAUCGAGGCUUGACGUCCCCGAGGAGCCGUUUCCCCCGCCUUCCCUGCUUCAGUUCGUGGAAAAUUUCUUGCAGAAUAAACCGUCUAGUUUUAUGACCCUUAUUGAUAUGGUCUCAAGCUCUGGUGCUAAGCAAGGCAGCGGGAAAAUAUGGGAACAAGCAUUAAGCCUUACCCCUAGAACUCUGGCGAUCUCUGGGUUUUUUUCGGAGAUCAACUUGCAAUCAUCGACGGUUGAAAAGACAGCAUUGCUGCUUCGAUGGGGACUAACAUCCUCUGUUAUUGACACUCUUCCGAUCGGCAUUAGCGCCCCAUUGCAUGAGGCGAUAAUUCGGUGUGGAGGCGUUGCCACUCCUCGCUGCGGACCAUCACUACUAAAGUUGGUCGACAGAAAUGACCUUUCCUUGACUAUGACAAACGAGCAUCUCACCCCCACGAUGCCGCGGUUACAAGUUCUACAAUCACACGAUGCUUUGCGGGACGUGCAUCACAUCGGUUGCUCAGUUUACGAUGGUAGUGGAGUGAAUUCCUUUGAAGCUUCUACGGAGGCCGAUAGACUUUCGAUUACGAAGCUCAUUUUCCGUGAAGAUAGGCGAUACUUCGAAGCCGUCAAAAUUCUGAACCAAACGAGAGCUCCAGUUGCAGAAUGUCUACAGGAACCAGAUUGGUCUGAAGCCGACUUGCUUGAAGCCCAAAAGGAGCUAGUUCAGCUUGUCACUUUGCGAACAUUGUCUAUUCCAAGUGGACGCGGUUUGAUGUCGUUUAGCAGUCGGGUUCCUCUUUCAACUGAAAAGCUUCCAAUCCCAUCGUUCUCGUUGCAAUGCGUCGUCAAACCAUCAAAUAUUACUAUUAGCGCCGAAAGAACAGCAUUCACCGAAGAAAAGGUUUGCUGGGCUUUCUUUCAUAACGGUGCUUCGACCGGUCUUGCCAUAUCUAAAGCUGCAAAGGGCAUUGAUACUUCAUGGGUCCUAUACAAUAAACCCGGUGAAUUGACAAAUAGACACGCGGGCUUCUUACUUGCGUUAGGUCUAAAUGGCCACCUCAAGUAUUUGGCAAAAUGGGUCGCUUUUAAAUAUCUGACACCUAAGCACACGAUGACGUCGGUUGGCCUUCUUUUGGGUCUCUCCGCGUCGUAUCUUGGUACGAUGGACACCUUGAUAACGCGUCUUCUUUCGGUCCACAUCACAAGAAUGCUUCCACUGGGUGCUGCAGAAUUGAACCUUUCACCGUUGACACAAACUACCGGAAUUAUGGGAAUUGGUUUGCUGUACUGCAACUCUCAACACCGCCGUAUGAGCGAAAUCAUGCUCUCAGAGAUUGAGAAUAUGGAGCCAGAGGACACAUCAAUGUCACAAGAGAUGUUGAGGGACGAAGGGUACCGCCUAGCGGCGGGUCUCGCUCUCGGUUUCAUUAAUCUAGCCAAAGGGAAAGAUCUAGGAGGCCUUCGAGACAUGCGGAUUAUCGAGAGACUCCUUGCGCUUGCUGUUGGCACGAAGAAGGUCGAUAUGGUACAUAUCCUCGACAAGGCCACAGCAGGCGCUACUGUUGCGCUAGCAAUUAUCUCUAUGAAGUCAAAUGACAAGUCUCUUGCAAAACAGAUCGAUAUACCUGAUACGAUCGCUCAGUUUGACUAUGUUCGCCCGGAUAUAUUCUUACUUCGAACAUUGGCCCGACAUUUGAUCAUGUGGGAUUCGAUCAAGCCCAGUCAUGACUGGGUCCAAAAGUCUCUACCGAAAUCUUACCAGAGGAAAUCUCGUCUGAUUACAGUCCGUCGAUUGAGUACCGACGACAUGCCGCUUUUCAACAUCAUCGCUGGCAUCUGCUUCGCUGUGGGCCUUCGAUAUGCUGGUUCUGCAUCCACCGAAGCUCGGGACCUCCUCGUUGCUUUUCUCGACCAAUUUAUUCGGCUCUGUCGUCUUCCAGCCAUUAACUACGACGCGAAGUUAACUCGAAACUCCGUCCGAAAUUGCCAAGACACUGUUGCUCUGUCUGCGGCGCUUGUUAUGGCUGGAACUGGCGAUGUCACCGUUUUCCGCCGUUUGCGAUCGCUACAUGGACGUGUGGACCCCGAUACCCCGUAUGGAAGUCAUAUGGCAGCGCAUAUGGCCAUAGGAGUUCUAUUCUUGGGUGGAGGAACGUAUACGGUGGGGACGUCCGAUCUCGCCGUCGCAUCAUUACUUUGUGCGUUUUAUCCAUUGUUUCCCACUACCGUACUAGAUAAUAAAUGCCACCUACAAGCGUUCCGUCAUCUCUGGGUUUUAGCUGCUGAGCCCCGAUGCUUGAUUCCUCGUGAUCUCGAGACAGGGCGCGCGAUGCAAAUUCCUGUGUCGUUGACGCUGAACUCCGGCGAGACAACGACAGCGAUGGCACCCUGUCUUCUUCCAGAAUUGGCAACAAUUGCCAGUGUUAAAGUGCAGAGCCCUGACUACUGGAACCUAACUCUUGAUUUUACAACCAACGAGAUCUUACGCGACAAAUUCCGCCACGGCAAUCAAUCUAUCUACCUGAAGCGCCGAACUACCUACAAUGCGGAAAAAUCCGCAUUCGCGGCCACAAUGUCUGCAUUGAGCGAACUUCAAGACGUCCCCGUUUCCUCUUCCAAAUUAAUGGGGGCAACAGGGAACCCGGUCACUCCGGCGUUAUAUGCACACGGUAAAUCCACUGUCGAAGUCAGGAUUCCAGUACGCCACCUAUGGGAGUGGAUAUUCAACCUGGGAGCAUUCCGGCAUCUUGAUAUGAGUGAGAAGACGUUGGUUUUGCCCCCAAAUCCAUUUGAUCAGCCACUGAAGCCGAGUCCGGGAAGAGAGGAUAUUGUGCUACCUUCAUGGAUUCGCCCUACGGUCGUCGAGGCCAGGCUAGCACUGGAUAGGACGGUGCGAAACAUGAUUGCUGCUGCAGCGGGUAGGGGCGCUGGAGCUGACGUGAUAAGGGAUAGAUUGUGGCAGUUACGGUUGCUCUUUGCGUGGGUGGAGGGCAUAGAGAGGGCGGCAAAGGCGAAGGAUGGGGGUUCUGAGGAUGACGAAGAUAGGGAGGAGAAAGGGUUGUGGUUGCGGAAAGAUGUUAUUGAGGAUAUUAAGUGGAAAAUUUGGGCCAUUCAGUCGGGUGAUGAAGGGGUCCUUGGGAAAGGUUAG